UUUAUAGAGCGUAUACAUUCUGAAGCGCGACUACCAUAACUUCGGGCGUUCGCCAAAUCAUUUAUGACGGUUAUUGCGGGCUGACAGCGCACUUGACAGCCAUGACAGCUCGCUUUUAUCAGUAACACCACACCGAGUUUCGUGCGAAUCCAACUCGCCUUCAUGAAUUUGUCCGGAAUACGCGCGAUGAAUGCGAAUCCAAGACUCGCGCGAGCGUUGUGAUUCGCGCGUAGUAGCGGCACAUCGACAAGACACGGUAAAGUUCGCGCACAACGUUGUUGAGAGGUCUUACAUGAUCCGCAAGUGCGCGUUGCUGACAAGUGGUAACCUCCUCCUCGCUCAGUGCAACGCACACAUCACGUUCGUUCUCGACGCACUUUUAAACGGCCGAUUACCAAAUGUCAAAGAACAAACUCAACUUAACGCUACCACCUGGCUCGAUUGAACCAGCACCAGCAGUAUCACCGUCGCCGCCGGUUCCACCCUUGCCCACAUACUCGGAACCACCAGUGAUACCCGACGGUGUGAUGGGUAGAAUGAAUAUUGAUGUUAUUCAAGAGCGAUUCGAGGAACUAGAAAUGGACGAGGAGCAGAGGAAACGAUUAGAGAGCUUUCUGGGACAGAAAGAGAAAGUUGGAGAGUUGUGUGAUGAGGAUUUUGAGAAGUUGGGUGAAUUGGGCGCCGGUAAUGGUGGCGUUGUUAUGAAAGUCAGGCACAAAAAGUAUGGUCUCAUAAUGGCAAGAAAGCUGAUACACUUAGAAGUAAAGCCAGCUAUUAAAAAGCAAAUAAUCAGAGAAUUAAAAGUACUUCACGAAUGUAACUUCGCGCAUAUAGUGGGAUUUUAUGGCGCUUUUUACAGUGACGGAGAGAUUAGCAUAUGUAUGGAAUAUAUGGAUGGUGGGUCUUUAGACUUGAUAUUGAAAAAAGCAGGACGAAUUCCAGAACCUAUUCUAGGCACAAUCACAUCUGCUGUCCUCAAAGGCUUGAGUUACUUGCGGGACAAACACGCUAUAAUGCAUCGUGACGUGAAGCCGAGCAACAUUUUGGUCAACAGCGCAGGAGAGAUUAAGAUCUGUGAUUUUGGUGUUUCUGGGCAAUUGAUUGAUUCGAUGGCUAAUUCGUUCGUCGGCACACGAAGUUAUAUGUCGCCAGAGAGACUACAAGGGACACAUUACUCGGUACAGAGCGAUAUCUGGUCAUUGGGAUUAUCACUCGUCGAAAUGGCGAUCGGCCAGUAUCCUAUUCCGCCACCGGACGAGAAGACCUUAGCCUCUAUAUUCGGCCCACAGGCGUGUCAGCCGCCCGCGGAAAAUUGCGCGACAAACAGCGUGCCCACACCGACUACUCAGUCACCAGGACACAGCGCAAGCAGUCCAAGACCCAUGGCCAUAUUCGAGCUGUUGGACUACAUAGUCAACGAGCCGCCCCCGAAACUACCGCCCGGAGUAUUUAGCGACUCUUUUACGGAUUUCGUCGAUCGCUGUCUGAAGAAGAAUCCAGCCGAGAGAGCAGACUUGAAAACACUAAUGAAUCACGAAUGGAUAAAGAAAGCAGAGUCGGAGAACGUGGACAUCGCCGGAUGGGUGUGCCGCACGAUGGACUUGCAGCCGACUACGCCAACGCGCUUAGCAAACGUGCAGUCCUGAAUAGAUGUAACUCUUACAUACUUGGCUACGUAUAUGCGCGUUCGGUAUUCCUAAGUCACUCUUAAGUUUAUCUUAGGUUCUACUUCGGUCGGACAGUGGCGUUUAUCCGUUGUACUCCCUUCGGUAGCGGUAUCUUUUUAACGAAAUUAACGCAUCGAGAUUCGGUGCGUUCGGUCGUGCGACCGUUCGCGUCGCCAAUUGUUCUCGAGCAGAGCGUCGAGCACCGAGCGACUCGUGGUUACGUGGAAUUUCCCCGCAGAAACGGUUGUUAGGACCAAUCGAUCAUAAUACACCGUGUUACGUCAUCUGACUCGUCGCUCUUUUGAUUUCACGGGAAGAAGCGUAAUUCAGGCGUAAUAUAUAGGUAACACGAUCUCGGCAAUAUUAUCGUUGAGAGCUACAUCGUCGUUGAGAUGAUUAUUUGCACGCAGCACGCCACUGUACCAAGUAUUAAUUUCGAAGGUUUCACUUUUAUGUGUUCGUUUUAUGCUUCUGUUGAAAGUAUGUAAGACAAGAAGAGAGUAUAUCGCAAUAUAAGUUUAUUAUAUUAGAGACUCAUGGGCAAAUUGUGUUCCCCGUGAUACGAUAUUUAGGAUACACGAAUGAGCAUCGAACUUAUAAAAGAGAGAAAGAGAGAGAGAGAGAGAGAAAAUAUUGAGAAAGAAGAAAACAAGAAAAGAAAAAUUGAGUAGAUCAAGUUACUUGUAUAACAUUUGUACCUGACAUCCGUAGAAGCGUUAUUUACACAAUCAAAAACUAUUCUAUCGUCACGUUGAACUGUUGUUUUUUCUUAACAAUGCAUGGCUGCGAUUAAGCGUGAUUUUGAGUCUUAUUUUCGUUCUUCUACACAAACGAGACACGUCUCUCACCGCGGUGACUCAUUUAAAUAGAGGACAAAAGGAAAAGACAAUGCGAGAGGAACGUUUCCACGAUAUAGAUUAGACGCUGCGAAUUGAUUCAUACGCGAUUAUCGAAUUCUUGCGAAUUCUUAUAGUGAUACGAAUCCAGAUAUUGUAACGGACUCCUUCGGUACAUCGACAGAUGUACAGAACGAGAUGCUUGAUACAAUUUUUCACGUAAUCGCGGCCUUAUAUUACGAAUAAUACUUCGUAACACGGUUUGAAUACUUCGUAACACGGUUUGAUCUACAUUCACAUACUCUGUAGUAUUUAACUGUGAAUCCUUUUGCUGCAAAGGAUAAACAGUCACGUCGCAUCACCAUCUUAUCGGUCGACAGUUUGAGGAGUCUCGUUUGAGUUUCGGCGAGAGGAUUGACCAUUAGUGUAUAACUUAAGUGCACCACGAAUCUGUUCGUGUGCAGUUCUUACAAAGUGCAUUUGAAAAGUAUCGAGCUACUCCGUGGUUACCAGUGUAAGUUAACUUGAGAUUCACGAAUAUUCGAAGAGUUGCUACAACGGAGGGGUCUUUCAUUUCGCCGUUAUCUCUCAUGUUAUAUGUGUCA